AUGGUGACUGAAUUCAUCUUGAUUGGGAUAUCUGAGGACCCCAGAGCACAGCUCGUGAUCUUCUCUUUGUUGGUGGUGAUAUAUUUCAUCAGCUUUCUCGGCAAUGGCCUCAUCAUCAUAUUGAUUAUUGCUGAUCUCCAGCUUCAUACUCCCAUGUAUUUCUUUCUUUGUACCCUCUCUUCUGUAGACUUCAUCAUCACCAACAAUAUAUUUCCUGAAAUGAUGGUCAACUGUUUCUUUUACAGGCCCGCCAUCUCCUUCUACAGAUGUUUAGUUCAGAUGUAUGUUGGUCUUUUACUCUUUAUAACAGAAUGUCUCCUGCUCGCCAUCAUGGCCUAUGACCGCUUUGCAGCUAUCUGCCAGCCGCUCCACUACUUUCAGAUCAUGAGCUGGAGAUUUUGCAUUGGUUUAGUGACUGCAUCGGUAGGUCUUUCCUUGCUUACAGCUGUGAUCCAUUUACUAUUGCAGCCAAUUGACUUCUGUGGACGAAAUAUCUUAAACCAUUUUGCAUGUGAGCUACAAACGUUCCUCAAGCUGGCCUGUUCUGACACACAUGCCAAUGAGAUCUUCAUGAAUGUUUCCAGCGUAUUUGUCGUAAUGAUACCCUUUUCCUUCAUUAUUGUUACAUAUGUGCGCAUAGGCUUAGCUGUACUGCGCAUUAGCACAACAAAGGGUCGGAAGAAAGCCUUCUCCACCUGUAGUUCUCACCUUACUGCAAUCAGUAUCUUUUAUGGAACAAUCAUAAUCAUGUAUAUGAUGCCCCACCCCAAAUCUUCUUCUGAUCAAGAUAAGAUUGUAUCUUUAAUGUACGGGGUUUUAACUCCGAUGCUCAAUCCUCUGAUCUACACUUUGAGAAAUAGGGAUGUGAAGGGAGCUUUCUGGAGAGUGUUUGGAAGGAAAAUAUCAGAGUAA